AGGAUCCGCGGCGCCCCACGAGGCGGGACGGAGGGCAACCACAGAUCCUGAUCCUGGACACUUGGCCUUCCAUCUCAUCUGGCCAUGGCGCUGUGCCUGAAACAAGUGUUCUCCAAGGACAAGACGUUUAGGCCACGGAAACGCUUCGAGCCUGGCACGCAGCGCUUCGAACUGUACAAGAAGGCUCAGGCGUCGCUCAAGUCAGGCCUGGACCUGCGCAGUGUGGUGCGGCUGCCACCCGGGGAGAACAUCGACGACUGGAUCGCCGUGCAUGUGGUGGACUUCUUCAACCGCAUCAACCUCAUCUAUGGCACCAUGGCCGAGCGCUGCAGCGAGAGCAGCUGCCCGGUGAUGGCCGGUGGGCCACGUUACGAGUACCGCUGGCAGGACGAGCGCCAGUACCGGCGGCCAGCCAAGCUCUCAGCACCCCGCUAUAUGGCCCUUCUCAUGGAUUGGAUCGAGAGCCUCAUCAAUGAUGAGGAUGUCUUUCCCACCCGUGUUGGAGUUCCCUUCCCCAAGAACUUCCAGCAGGUCUGCACCAAGAUUUUGACCCGGCUCUUCCGAGUCUUCGUGCAUGUGUACAUCCACCACUUUGACAGCAUCCUCAGCAUGGGGGCCGAGGCACAUGUCAACACCUGCUACAAGCACUUCUACUACUUCAUCCGAGAGUUCAGCCUGGUGGACCAGCGGGAGCUGGAGCCUUUGACUUCAUCUCUGGUAUUAAUUGACCUUGGUCACCAUGUGGAGGAUAUAACAAUUUUUCUAGAAACUGGAUUGGAACAGGCCCAAGUAACUCAGGGCCAGCUGGCUGUUGAGACUUUCAGGGAACGGGCCAACCCGGUCUCUCAGGACAUGAAAUUUGGGUGGGCCUGGAAAGUGAGGGGUGGAAAAGUACCGCCUCUUCCGCCUUCGGGGCGGAGAGCUCGGCAGGUUCGCGCCUGGGUCCCGCGGGAAGUCAGCUGGAGUCAAGGCAAGACAUCGGGGGAGCGAAGUGGGGUGACAGGGGCUGAGAGUGGGGCGCUGUCCCUCAAGCGGGACGAGUCACGGCCUUCAAAGGCUGCCGAGGUCAUGACCCGAUUUUGGGAGCCCCCGACGUGGGCAAGUAGGGGGACCACGAAUGUCCCCCCGGACUCUCGGGAGGGAGGUCCUGACUUAAGGGUUGUCCUGCUUCAGGACUGCAGCAUCGAGGUGCUUGCUUGA